AUGUCAGACCUUGCUGGAGCUCAGGAAAGGCUCCCCAAGUCUGGCAUGUCCGACCAGCAGCCCACGCAAACCUCAGAGGAGGAGUCGAAAGUCGAAGUCGGCAAUAAUGCGGAAGCCAAGGAGACUGAAACCUUUCGACUUUCGUGGGACGUUGGAGGAGUGUUCUUUGCGUUACUAGUACUCUCACUAAUGUCCUCCAUUGACGCGACGAUUGUGACAACCUCGCUCCCUACGAUUGCUCGCGAGAUCGGCGGAGGAGCAGAAUAUAUCUGGGUCAUCAAUGGCUUCCUCUUCGCAUCAACAGCUACGCAACCACUUUUCGCGCAGGUCUCGAAUAUUUUCGGCCGUCGCAACCCGAUUCUGUUUGCACUCUUCCUCUUUGCUCUGGGCAGUGGUAUUGCAGGCGGCGCACGAAACCCAGCUACUCUGAUAUCGGGUCGAACACUUCAAGGUCUAGGAACCAGCGGAUUGUAUGUUCUAGCCGAUAUCAUUCUCUGCGAUAUUGUUCCGCCACGAUGGCGAGGACCUUAUCUGAGCAGCGUGCUCUCGAUGGCCGCCGUGGGUUCGACAGUUGGUCCUAUUAUCGGAGGCGCGCUGGCAGAGAGAAAUUGGCGUUGGGUUUUCUGGCUGAAUCUCCCUGUGUCUGCUCUUGGACUUGCCAUCAUCCUGCUCUGCUUGAGAGUUAGGUAUCCACCAAUCCCGAACUGGAAGAACGCGAUCGCAGCCGUCGACUUCGUAGGAAAUGGCAUUUUCAUCCCGAGUAUAAUCGCGAUUCUUCUCGGACUAGUAAUGGGUGGUUCCAAAUUCCCAUGGAGUUCAUGGCAUAUCGUGGUUCCUCUUGUUCUCGGGUUUUUGGGUUGGGUAGCUUUCCAUGUGUACGAGUCUUCACCUCGGUUCUGCAAACAGCCAACGAUGCCAGCCCGGUUAUUCAAGCAUCGCACUUCAGCAAUUAGCUACGUGCUUAUCUUUACUGGAUCCAUCGUCAUAACGGCUACCAACUAUUUUCUCCCAGUAUACUUUCAAGCAGUCAAGGGAGUGUCGCCUCUUGACUCUGGCGUGUAUUAUCUGCCCUUCGCGCUUGCUAUCAUUCCAUUUGGUGGCAUGGGAGCCGCCUUUAUAUCCAAGACUGGGCAGUACAUACCUUUACAUGGAAUUGGAUUUGCAUUGAGUGCAAUCGGAACCGGGCUUUUCUCAAUCUUGGACGAAGACUCGAGCCCCGGGGCUUGGAUUGGAUUUCAAAUUAUCGCAUCUGGUGGUUCAGGCCUUGUAUUUACAUCUACCUUGAUCUCGACACUUGCGCCGUUGCCAGAGGAAGAUGUCGCCAUUGCUACCGGAACAUACUCUUUCAUACGUUCUUUUGGAUUUGUAUGGGGUUUGACAAUCGCCUCGGUAGCUUUCAACAGCCAAAUCGACAGGUAUUUAGGAAUUGUGGAUGAUGAGGUGGUGCGUAGCCUAAUGGCCAACGGACGGGCAUAUGCAUUUGCAACCCGAGGCACGUUUGAUGCCCUGACUGCUAUCACUAGAUCUCAGGUCACAGAGGUGUAUGUGAAGGCUCUGCGGAUGAUCUGGAUUAUAGUUGCUGCGUUCUCUUGCUUUGGGUUCUUCUGUAUCUUUGCCGAGAAGCACGUGAAGUUGCGCAAAGAGAAGGGAAAUGAAUUUGGGCUAGGUGAGAAGAAGCCCAAGCCCGUUGAGUGUGAAGACGGCAAAAUCCAGUAA